UUUCUCUGUUUGGCUUCUGUUUGCUGAAGAGGGUCAAGCGUCAACACUGCAGAACAAUUGUGUGUUAUACUUGUAGCGGAUAGUUUGCUAUCACCAGACAGUGUCUACUGAAUCACAACACCAUGUGAAUGCAGAUGCAGAGCACCAUGGGGCGGCGCAGUAGCAGUGUUGUCUCCCACAGUGUUCCAGUAGUGAGUGCGUGCCUUGCUGCCCUGCUCCUCAGCAAUGCCUUGAUUUACCUUUAUCUGGACUCUGUGUAUCAGACUGGUGAGCAGCUGGCAUCUCCUCAGUCGGGCUGUGUGCCUCAACACUUUAAAAUGCCAACCAUGAAAAACUGCACGCCCUGGCUCCAGUGUUCACAGAUAAAUGCUGAAGUACGCAAGCUGAAGCUGAUCGGCCAGGGAGCCGUUAAGAAGGUCUAUCUGUCAGAGUGGAGAGGUCAGAAGGUGGCUCUCUCCAAACUUUCCUCUAUGGAUUACUUGGAGGAUUUUCUCCAUGGACUGUCCAUGUUAGAGGCCUUACAGGGCCCCCAAGUGGUGCAGUUGGUGGGUUCUUGCCUUGAAGACCAAGCCUUUGUUACAGAGCAUCACCCACUUGGCUCACUGCUUAACUUGGAAAGUGUUCUUACACAAGAGCAGCACCAGCAACACAACACAUGGCAGAUAAGACUGAGGUUGGCUACAGAUUAUGUCUCCAUUCUUCAUUACCUCCAUAACAGUCCAGCUGGAUGCCGAGUCAUGUGUGAUUCCAACAGCCUGGAGAAAACUCUGUCCCAAUUUCUGCUGACAAAUGAUUUUCACCUGGUAGUGAAUGACCUGGAUGCACUGCCUAAGGUGGACCCAUCCACAAGCUCAUUAGUAAAAUGUGGCCACCGAGAACUUACUGGAGAUUUUGUGGCCCCAGAGCAGCUGUGGCCAUUCAGAGACAAUGGGAAGCCAUUUUCAGACAAUCUCAUGCCAGGAUAUGAUGAGAAGACAGAUAUCUGGAAAAUCCCAGACGUGACAUGGUUCCUGAUGGGACGGGUACCUGGAGGGGAUUUAGUCCACUUCCACCUUUUUCAGAUCCAUGAGGAGUGCAAGAAGGAAGACCCCAAGCUCCGCCCCUCAGCUCUCGAUGUUUUGAAGGUGUACAAGUCAGUCUACAGCAGCAUAGUGCAAGACAAUUUAGGUUAUAAGGACAUGCUUUAGACUGAAGACUCCCUUAUAAAGACCACAGACGUGCAUUAUACACUUGAGGAACAGAUAGACUUGAGUAUUCUGUACAGUAAUGUAUUCAUAUGUUUUUGUAUUUUGUUCAUUCUGAUCAGCCCAGGCUUCAUCUCUUAUGAACCGAGUUUAGUUUUGAAACAUUUUUUAUUGAUCUAAUGUGAGAAGUGACAAAUAACUAAUGUACCAAGCUAUCAUGAAAAUUCUUUCUCUUGCAAACAGAAACAAAAACUGUCAUUUUUUAAUACUUUGUGUGCUCAAGUUACAAAUAGUACCACAUAACGAUUAGCAUGCAGCAAGUUCCCUAAACGACUUUGUAGGAAGCAUCAAGGACUGACUAAUGAGACAAUACUUAGUGAGGAACUUGUAGAGGACAUCACCAAGUAACAGAUGCAUACUUUUUAUAAAGCACAUGUUUGAUUGGCUGGAAAACAGCCUCAGAACAUAACAGUACCACCACCAUGCUUGAUGGUAGGUUUGGUGUGCUUUGGUUUAAAGGACUCACUUUCUCUCCUCCAAACAUAUUUCUGGUCAUUGUAGCCAAAUAUUUCAACAAUAAUAUUUGAACUUUAUUGGAAUGUAUAUCUGCUUUGAAAUUGCUCCAAGUUUCCUGACUUGUUCAAGUCAACGAUUUGCUUGUUGAGAUCUUUGCUGAGCUCCAUAGACUUUACCACUGAAGUGUUUGUGACUGAGUCAAAUGAGUGUUAAAAAUGGGCCACCGGCUGUAGUCAAUAGUAAUUACUCAUGAAAGGUUACGAAGCUAUGCCACUAAGAAAAUCAGAUUUACACGGCUUUCUACAUCACCAACACUCAUAAUUCAAGUUUCUGUUGGUAUAUUUUUGACCCAAGAGACGUCAUAUUUCCAGAAGACCUACAAUAAAUCUAUGAACAAGCCAAAA